GUGUUUAUCCUUAACCUUACUCGCUGGUCAUACCUUGAGGCUUCUCCCAUUGUUCUCUCUGGAGAACGGCUCCCGCGCAGCCAGGCUUCUAUAUCUUGCAGGAUGGCACGCAGCAAUUUCAGCCCCUCCCCUUCUCCUGGAUACUCUUCUCACUUGUCAGACCGUUCGUACGAUUCUUCCUCAGACAUGACAGCCCGACCAGAAAGUCCAAGUCAAUAUGUUGGACCUUCUGUAUCUCGCCCUGGCUCUCCUUCCCACGCAGAUGUCCAGAUGCAAGAUGAGGCUUUCGACGAUGAUACUAUGAGCUGCCAAUGGGAGGAAUGUGGGAAGGUAUUCAACCACUUGCCCACCUUGAUCGACCAUAUCCACAACGAUCAUAUCGGUGUUCACAAAUCAAAUUAUACUUGUGAAUGGAAGACUUGUCCUCGUCGUGGUAUCGCUCAAACGUCCCGCUUUGCCCUUAUAUCACACAUACGUUCACAUACCGGCGAGAAGCCUUUCAUAUGUCCAAGACCAGAAUGCGACAAGUCUUUCACCCGGUCAGAUGCUCUAGCCAAGCAUAUGCGUGUGCAGCAUAACAUCAUUCCGCCUCUUCCUGGUCGAGGAGGGAACCGCAAACGAAAACGUGAAGAGCCGGAUCUGCCCCAGGCACAUAGCGCCGAAGGAUAUGCGACCUUCAGAGUAGACCAUCAUGGAUACCCCGAACCACAUGGCGAAUACGACGAUGGACGAAUGUCGCCCUUCGAAGGCAAUGGCGUCCCGCAUUUUGCUAAUGGUGUUUUGGGACAACGGCCUGUCAGUCCGGACUUGAGUGAAGAUUCAGAAGACGAGGACAGUAUCCCACCACAUUUGUGGUCGCUCAGGGAUCCAGAGACUGGGUUGAUUAUGGGGAGAACACCAGCUAUGGUGAAGUAUCUUUUGAUGAAGGCCAAGUAUAACUAUGCAAUGGAUGAGCAUACGAGCCUAAUAUCUGAACUCCGCAUCCUUCGAGGUGAGGAGAAAGCAUGGAGACAACGAAAAGAUGCACUGUUGGACGAAGUCCUCAGGGUACUGUUUGGGUCGGAGGCGGAGGAAUUGACUAUGCCCCCUGAGCUUAUUGCAGAGACAGCUCGUUUUCAUCCACAGGAUGUUGAACCUGAACGCGAAGACAUUCCGCGAUAGUUCAAAUUCCCAUCUUUUAUUUAUUGCGUCACCACUUAUCCUUUCUGACGCUGUUGUAUUCGUAUUAGCUGUGUCUGGAUUUGCUGUACUUCAUGUUAUUCUUUCUACUGCCCCCAAACCUGUAGGCUUUUCUCGAUUGUAAGGUCCCUAUCAGCCCAAUUACGACAAUUCAAAUCAUCCC